AUGAAUUUGACCGCCCUGCGUCGAUUGCAAUGCAAAUUUCGCGGAAUUCAUUAUCAGGUGCACGACACGUUUCAAGAAGCUUCGUGUACAGUAUUCGGCGAUCCUCAUUAUGUAACAUUCGAUAAAUUCGGAUAUUCAUUUCAAGGUGAAUGCAGUUAUAUACUUACUCAGGAGUGUUCGCCAGACAGCAGUGAUCCUAAGUUCAGGGUAAUUGGUGUGAACAGUGGAAAGCCACCAUUCGCACAAACUCGACGCGUUGUUAUUCACAUUUCACUGUUCAAUGAUACUUUUUUCUCCGUUGUGCGUGAACACGAUCAGCAAAUCAGCCUUCCGUAUGUUCGAUACAGUGAUUGGCCAGAGUAUCGAGCCUAUGAGGAUGAAUCCACUGGACAUGUGAUUGUUUCGUUUAAAUUCAUUGGCCUGAAGGUAAUCUGGGAUGGUGAAUCGUUUGUCGAAAUUGUACUCACCAAACGGCAUCAGUUUAAGGUUGGUACAUUUCCUCAGGUCUGCGGUUUGUGCGGUAAUUUCAACAACGACCCGGCCGAUGAUUUAUUACCUCGUUAUGCAAUGUCACUGAGUCAAUCAAUUUCUGAAUUUGCACAGUCUUGGGCCGAAGAUAUCAGCUGUUCAUGGCUUCAAAUUGACAAAGACAAUCGAAACAGUGUCUGCGGUUUGUGCGGUAAUUUCAACAACGACCCGGCGGAUGAUUUAUUACCUCGUUAUGCAAUGUCCCUGAGUCAAUCAAUAUCUGAAUUUGCACAAUCCUGGGCCGAAGAUAUCAGCUGUUCAUGGCUACAAAUUGAAAAAGACAAUCGAAACAGUGUAUUGUUUGAAGAAUAA